GCACAAAAAGAACACCGGCUGAUGCGCGCAUCUCAUCCGCCUGUUCCCCGUGCACUCUGAGAAUAUCCACGGAAAUAAAAGGAAUGAUUCGCUGACGGUUCCGGCUCCGACUUCCUCGUGUGGGUUCAGAUCCGAAGCGGAGCGCGGUGAUUCAUGGCUGCGCUACUCCGAUUGCGGUGGGCGAAGCUCCACGAUGGGUCCCUGGUGCGCGAAUCCCUCAAACUUGCCGUGGCUCAUAAGUCCAAACUUGCUGUCAAGAAACUGCCGCCGGAUUUCGCACUGGAGCACUUCGACGCUUUCUACCCGAGAGUUUUCGGAGCAACGGAAUGGAGGUCGAUACGCCUGGCUCUGCUGAGUCAAAAAAAGUACUGCGCUGUAAUAAACCCCUUUGCCGAGUCGUCCGAGCUGCACGAGUCAAUGAAAAAUCUGGGUGCGGAGAGGAUUGUCGCGGCGCCACCUGCGUCCAAGGGUUACGAGGAGCCUGAGGUGAACAAGGCGGAAAUCCCGAAGCAUAUUCCCAUGAUUGAAGAGCAGCUUCCGCAAGAGUUCUUAGACUCUUCGAGAGUCAUCAAGAAAGGGCACAGUGAACCUUUGCUCAGUUUCGUUCCUGCGACUGAAAUGGUUUACCAAGAAGAUGUAGUUCAUGAAGAAGACUACUUCAAUUUCCUGAAACCUGAGGCUGAGAUCAUGAUGAAAACUCACAAACCGAUCCCGUUCCCACCUCUCAGCGUUUACGUCUAUCCCGCUUGCUGUGUGUGGGAUUUCCCCCCACCACAGGAAAACGGGACAGGGAUAUUCAAUUACUAUUUGAUGGACGCAGCGUCGCUUUUCCCCGUGAUGGCCUUGGACAUACAAGAGGGGGACAACUUCGCUGAUUUUUGUGCCGCUCCCGGGGGCAAAACGCUCGCUGUCGCAUUCUUGGAGAAAACAGGCUCUCAUCUGUGCACUGAUGAAUCUCCGAGUCGGGUCCAGCGGCUACGUCGUAGCAUCACGUCAUAUCUCCCAGAAGAGCUGCGGAAAUCAAUCGCCGUCAAGCACAUUGAUAUGACUCGGAUGUCGGAUGAUAUUCUAUACGAUAAGAUUUUGGUUGAUGUACCGUGCACAAACGAUCGCCAUUCGCUUUUCGAGGAAGAUAAUAAUAUUUUCAGAGGGACUCGAAUACAGGAACGGCUACACCUUCCGCAAACUCAGUCGGCGAUUUUGAAGCAAGCUCUCCGGAAAUUGAGGGUUGGAGGAGCUCUGGUUUACUCUACGUGUUCGUUGUCUCCGAUUCAGAACGAUUCCGUCGUGCACAUGAGUGUACAGAGCUUCAAAACUAUGAAGUUCGUCGUCACGAAUCUCGGACCGUCCUUCGAACCUCUGCGGACGUAUUUCCAGCUGCACAAGUGUCGAUACGGCCAGCUCGUCCUUCCUUAUCUUCCGAACAACUUUGGUCCUAUGUACAUAAGUCGAAUCGAUCGAAUCCAGUGA